GUAAUUUUGAAAUAACUAGACUGUGUAUCUAAUAUAUUGAUGCUGAGCCAAGUUUUGAGUAGUAAAAGCAAUUUUUGCCAAAGUUAGAUGUAGAUGGAUCGUCCAGUGCAUGAAGGUGACUUUAUAAAUCUGUUUUGCUCUGAUGCUAGAGGCUUUGUCUUUGCUCAGUUUCCAAGGUAUAAUUGUGUCAGUAUAUUUCCAGUUUCUGAUCCUGAGCAGAAGUCUCAGCUGAAAGACCCAGUCAUUCCAAAUACUCACUUUGCGUCAUUUCAAGUGAUAGCAGAAAACUAUGUCAGCAACAAUUCUCUUCUACAAAGAAAUGGCACAUUUCCAUCCCACACAUGUACUUUAGUCUAUGGACGCAAAGUAAAGUUUCUUCACGUAGCAUCCAAUAUGUACCUGUUGUAUGAUGAAUCACCAAAUAAAAGUGUGACUUUAACUUCAGAAUAUAAUGAAAGGUGUCUAUUUCGUAUAUUGCCAUGCUCUGCCAACAAAUCUAGAGGAGAGGAUGUAAUGCCCAAGGAUCAGAUAAUGUUAGAGUCUGUCAGUGAGAAGGGGAAACUUUUACUCUGCACUUCAAAUAUAGUGUCAUCAAGGUAUGAGCUAAAAAUGUGCAAUACUGAGUCAACAUUCAUCAUUUCAUUGCACUCGUGUAAUCAUAUUGAGCUACCUGAUAAAGCUCUGAGAGGUUGUGAUGUUAUAAUGCUGUUUAAUUAUGUACAAGAAGCUUAUCUCUCAGGGUAUGGUUCUGUAAUAGGGGAAUUCCUACCUGAAGCUAUUAGAGGAGAUCAUGUUGCCACUGAAGUUGGAGUAAGAAAAGUGAAAUCUGUUAAUGGCAUACAACAGGAGCCUCCACUUGGUGGUGACUGUUUCUGGCAGUUUGAAAAGGUUCUAUAUCCACUUAAUGGUAAUGCGAUCAGUUAUGGUGAUCACUGCCGUAUUAAGCAUGUACUGACACAGCAGUAUUUGGCAGUUACACAAAGAGGGCACGAAGAAUGUCUAAUGUUGAAAAGGAUUGAAGCUGGUGGAACUACUGAUCCUGAGAUAUCAUUCAAGUUAAUUCCUGAUACUGAAAGAACUGAUGUAGUUACUAAAGGCUAUUACAUCAAGAUUAACCAUAUUCAGUCUGGAAUGAACUUAUCUGUUCGUUCUAUUCUUCAUAGUUAUAGGAAUUCAAAGUGGUUUAAGCUUGGCCUUGAAGAUGAUAAGGACAAUAGCAGACAGUAUUUUCAAAUUACAGAAGUGAAACCUGGUGUCAUUCAUGAUUUUUAUUACAUAUGUGGAGUUAACUCACAAUUGAGAGAGUCCAUGCAAAAUCUCAUGGCGGUUUCAAAGUCUUUCAGUUAUCCUCCUUCACUGGAUGAGCUAAUUCAAGUGUUGGGACAGUUUUUGGAGUGGUUUCAAGGAGAAGGAUGCUUAGACAGGCACAAUUUGAAAAUGAAAGCAUUCAAAAAGUCACAAGGAAUUGAUCUCCUAAUUGGGUUUUUGCAUGAAUCUGAGUCACAGAAGUACAAAGAAAACUUUAGGUACUUGAACUUUGAGAAGUUAUGUGAUGCAAUAGCAGAUGUAUUGCUAAAAUUUGUAAGUUCAACUAAAAGCAAAAGUCUACUCUAUCUGACAGAGGAAAAAUUUAUCAAUAUUCUUCUAGCAAAGUGUAUUAGUAACAUUAAAUUUAAGAGGUUUCUUACUAACUUAGCCUCAAAUGAAAGUAUUGCUGCUUCAAGGAUAGUACAGAAAAUCAAUCUGGAUGAAAUGCUACUUUUAUUGAAAAACACUCGUGAUUCAACUUUUUUGGAUUUCAUGGGCAAUGUUUGUUUAAAUGCUGGUAAAUCUGUCCAAGAUGCUAUUUGUAAAGGCCUUAUGGCACAUGACAUGAGCACUUUUAUGCAAACUCAGAUUAAAGAAGGAGUCAUUUGGUUCAUCCAUCCAGAAAACCUCAUUGGCCCGAUUUCUAGUAUUUGUUCAAAGGAAACUUAUAGUUCUAACAAAAAACUAUGUGACUUUUUUAUUGCACAGCUCAAGUUCUUUAGUCAAGUGUUUAAAGGAGUAAAUACAGAGGCUAUUGACUUGAUUAAAUUUGGGACUUUUGAUGAAGUAUUGAUAAGUAUUGGUGAUCCUGAUCUUCAUCCACUAGUGAAAUCAGCAUAUAUUGACUAUGCUGCAUCCACUUACAUUAGUAAUUGGGUUCAAUCUGAUGGAAUAUACUUUUAUAAUAUCAGCCACACUUUUUUGUGGGAACCAAUGUGUCUUCAUUCAGGGAAAAGAGGUGAUUUUGCUAAUGCAUAUACAUGUGCAUGUGCUGCUAUCAAGCAAAGGGAAGAAAUCAAAUGCUUAAAAGAUUCCAUUUCUUCAUUUUUAAUUCAAAACAAGGCUUUGUGUGCUGAAGAAGAGACUGGAGGUCAUAAUGAACUCAUUUAUCAUAUGCUGACUGUCAUUGAAUCUCUAGUUUCCCAUUGUUUUUACUGGAAGGACUCUGAUGUUUCCGGACUCAUAAGUAUAUUAAUGGAGAUCCUUGAUGGAAGAACUGACCUCCCAAAGCACGAUUCUUUUCCUUGGAAAGUUGCUGAAUAUCAAAAGGGAGAACGUUACAAUUACAAUGAAAAUAAUCAUAAAAUUUUUCGGAUUAAACUGAAAGUUGUUCAUAUUCUCCAACACUUUUUGGAGAUGUCAGUAUUCGCUGCUUUAGUGAAUUUGAUGCAGGAUUUUAAAUACAUGAAAUCUGAAAGCAUGGAGGUUUCAUCAACUGACAGCUAUACACCAGUCAAUAGCUCUCUUGCUGCCUUGCUCUCUCAGAACUAUCAGCUUAAUAAACAAGAUCCAAUGAUUGCUGCUUUUGUAUGUACUAGACUAAAAGAUAUGCUCUCAGUUUCUUACAGUUGCUUUGGUACUGAUAAAAGUGAAAUUAAAGACAUCCUCAUUGAUCUGUUCCAUUAUGAAGACGAUGAUCUAAGAUUGUCAAGUAUAACACUGCUUUUUGAUAUGCAUCAAAAAGAGAGUAAGUUGUUCUAUCAUGCCUCUGUAUCAUGCAUAGUCACACAAGAGUCAGAGGACAUAAAUUCAUUCAUGUAUUCUCAUGCAUCAUUCUUUGAUCAGUCAAAAAUUUUGAUGAAAAUGUUGCAAGGAGCAACAACACCAGGGCACGAACUUUAUGACAGUACAGUUCAAGUCCUGAAGAAGAUUAGGAGUUUGUGUAUGGUGGACAAUGAUGAGACAAGACCUCAUGCUAACAAUCAGAAUAUUGCAUUAUGUUCAGGCUUAUUGUCUGUUCUAUUAGUAUAUGUUCAAAAUUUUUGUAUGACAGAAGACACUGGCCAACUUGAUCUCCUCACACUAGCUCUAAGCAGCAUGCAGGCCAUUGUUUGUGGCAAUGCAGGGGCACAAAGGAAGUUAUUCGCUGCAUUAGUAGAUAUUGCUAAGCCAAAGAUAGCUAUAGCUGCACUGGCUCGACUAAUGACUGAAAUUCUUUCUGGCAAUGAGCAGUUGUGUCUCACUUUCUCAGAGGUUACUGUUGCUCAAAUUUUUACAAAAGCAGCAACUUCUAAUAAUCCAGAGUGUUUUGAGUUAUUUACAACCUUAGAAACUAUAAUGAAACCAUACAAGUUUAAUACUGUUGUACUGUUAAAGAGUUAUCAAAAAUUGAUAGCUACAAUAGUUUUUGAGCAUCGAGAGGAAAGUUUUUACAAGAUAUUAGCAAGCAACUCUCAAAAGGAAAGAUCAAAUGUAUUAAAAGAUGAUAGUGAUGAUCCUGAUCAAUUGCUGAAGCUAUUGACUAUGACUGAUUUAUUGGCUACGACUUCUGAAGGUGAAUGUAGACAUUCAGAAAAUAUUUGUCAGUCAAUAUUUUCCAUUGAAGAAUUAGUCAACAUUAUUUGUAAUCCUGAGAUCCCGUUUGACAGGAAGAAACCUUUUGCUCGUAUUCUUUAUUGCAGUUACCAGAGAUCAGAGGGAAAGUCAUUAUUGACACUUGUUCCUUUAAUGGAAAACAGUUGUUUUUGGAGUCAUGUAGAAGAGUGUUCAAUACUACUCGGUUUGGUGUCUAAGAGGUUGUCAUUACUCAGAGAUAAAGAGUUGGAGCUGGUGAAAAUUAGAGUUCGGAUAUUAUUCAGUCAACACUACAGCUUUUUGACUUGGAAUGAGAGAAGUAAAGAAUUUGAUGUUUUUAUAACAAGCGAUUGCAAUGGAACAAUCUCACUGUCAUCUUUGCUCUGUUACUUGCUUGAUGGGCUAUUCCCAGUGAUACAGUCCUUUUGUAUACAAGUAUUAGCAGCAAACUCUCAAUCUAAUACAAGGGGACAGGAAUACUCUUGUUUGCUAUAUUGUCCUUCAGUAAUUGCUACUCUAAAACUGUUCAGCGAUUCCUUCUUGGAGCUACUCUGGCAUCAUUCGUCUGUGUUUAUGACAACCCCUGAAAUGGUACAUUACUGGACUUUGUUAGUAGAUCUAAUGGCUAGUGUACUGCCUUUGGAUGAGAUUGACAAAUUAAAUGAAGCAAGAAAUGCUUUGUUUUUAAAUGAAAGUAAAUAUCUUGUGAGUUCAGGGUUGCAUUAUUUAAGCGAUGAGAUUGAGCUCAAUUCUCAAUUUCAAAAAUUUAUCUCAAACUUAGAAAUUACUUAUGAAGGAAGUGACCCUGGUCACACUAGAAAUCUUCAUGUGUCUGGUCCUAGUUUUAAUGAACUGAUGAAAUUAUUUACUGGCGAAAAAGAAUGCCCAGUACUUCUUCCCUUGAUGGGGAUAGUUGAUCGAAAAUAUCACCUACCAUUGUCACUAAGAGAGAGAGCUAACAUUGAUUUUGUCUUGCUAACGUCGCUGAGACUUUUGGUUGGUGUCAUUGAUGGCAGGAUAAAAAAUGUCAAUCAGAAAUUGAUGAAAUCCAAUCCCGAACUGUUUGAAAAAGAGUACAGUAAAAAAGUGAAACCUAUGCAAGAUGCACUAAUAGAAGCAGGUGCUCAUGAAAAGAUCAUUUUUCUUCUAUUUCAUCCAAAAGAUGAGAUUUUAACUCAAAUUUUAGCAUUUUUAUCCAGGCUUCUUCACUUUGGUAAUAAGAAUUCACAAGAAAAACUUAGUCAUUUGAUUUCUGAUACACGGAUCUUUGCAUGCAUCAAUAAGCUUUUAAAAGGUGCCACUGGCACCCUAAGUCAAUCAUACUACAGACACAAAAAUUAUUCUAGAGCAUCAUCUAGUGCACGCUGUGUGAGACAAUCACAAGAAAGUGAAUUAGGGCAUGCCAUAUCUUCUGAAACAGUGAGGCUAGCAUCUCCUGUAAUAGUUGAAAUAAUUGGAGAGACUAUGGAAGCUACUUUUUCUAGUGAAUUAGGAGAGAUGACUUCUGUUUGUGCUUAUGCUUGUAUAGAAAGAUUUAGACACUUGAAAACUAGUUUCAAUAAGGCCAGAGAACAAGCUGUUGUAGUAUUGGAUGUGAUUUCAUCCAUAUGUGAUGGACAGAAUCAAGAGAUGCAGAAUACACUUAGAAAGCAAGAGAAUGAUUUCUUUAGUGUUAAUAUAGUGUCCUUAGUUACUGUGCUCUUCCAGACUCUAGCUGAAAACUAUAAUAAGUACUUGUUUAUUCCUACCAGGAAAGCAAUUCAAGCAUUGAUUGAGAUGUGUGCUGGUAACUUUAGCAAUCGAGAAGUUGCUUGCAAGAAUCAAAUAGUCAACUCUAUCAACAUUAUAUUGUCUUGGAGUCAUGCUGCUACAUCAGCAGAGGCACGGGAGCUCUUCAGUAUUAAAUCUUCAGCCAUUGAGCUCCUGGAAGUGAUGAUUGAAGAAACACAUAGUGAGUCGAAGAAUUUUGCUCAUGGAAUUGCACAGGAUCUAUGCUUAAAAAAUAUUUUAUUAACCAUGAGAAAAAUCUGGGAGUUGCAUCAUUGUCACUUUUCAACAAAGAGAAUUAGGUCUGAUAUACCUGUUUUAUUCAGGGCUUAUCAUGUAUUGAGAAAGAUUGCUGACUAUACUGAUACACCUGUUAAGAAACUUGUUUGUUAUGAUGAAUUGUGCAAGAAUGAUGUAGUGAUGAAAGACCUGUGGGCAUACCUUGAAAACUACUCUAGAAGCAUUGAAAUCAACUAUAUUACAAGAGAUGGAGAAGAACUAUUGACAAAAGUGUAUUUUCAAUUUGCUCCUGUUUUAACUGAAAGUGAGAAGUCCCUAGUCCUGCAAAAUAUCAAACGGGAUACUCUGGAAGAUAAAGUAAAGGACCUCCUCAAAUGGAUGAAGGCAAUCAAGAAAAAUGUUAAACACAAGGCCAUGAUUAAUAAUAAUCGAUACAUGUAUUGGGCAGUAGCUGGAUCGAACAUGAGGCACAUUCUUCUUUUCUACCUCACAUUGUUGCUUAACUUGUUUGUUUUAUUCCUUUUCAAGAUACCAGAAAAUGACAACUCAAGUGCAAAUUACACAGUCGUCACUGAGAGAGAAAUUGUUUUAGUUCCUAGCGUGGCAUCAUGGUUCUCUGAUUAUCUACUGUACAUACUUGGAACUGUUCAUCUAGUCCUCUCAAUAUGGAUGGUCACAGAAUAUUGUGUUUAUGCUGCACCUAAUAUAUUUAUUAGAAUACCACUACUGUCUGAAAUAUUAAAUUUGGAUAUAAUCAGUAAUUUGAUGGUAUUCCUUUCUGAGCAUGGAAUGAUGAAGAUUGUUCAGUUUUUAAUAACCAAUAAGCAAAAAAAUUCUAACUAUUUUAAAGUUAAUUUCUUCAGUUUUUCUACGCUUUAUCGUAUAAUUUUCCUACUCUUCUCAAUUGCUGCACUUACCACAUCGAGUUACUUCUACUGUGGUUGCAUACUAUAUGUAUUUAUAAGGAGUAAUGUAUUAAAUUAUGUCUUAACAGCUCUUGCCAGAAGUGCCCUUCAGUUGAUUUCUGUUGCUCUCCUUGGAUUAAGCAUCCUGCUCAUUUUUGCUGUUUUCUCAUUCAUUCUCUGGCACAAUUACUUUGAUAAUGUGCAUAGAUUCUGUGAGACAAUGGUGGAGUGUUAUGUGUCUGUGAUCAGAGAGGGACUUCUGGACACUCUGGGAAUAAUGAUUCCGAUUCAAUACGUCAAUCAAUCUGAGCCAUCCUUUUCUUUAUAUACUUCAAGAGCUGUUUUUGACUUAACCUUUUUCAUCAUCAUCACAAUCCUUGGAUUAAAUGUAGUAGUUGCGAUUAUUAUCGAUCGUUUCUCUGAAUUAAGGAGUGAAAGGGAUAAGAUAAACAGGGAUCAGAGAAACUGUUGCUUUAUAUGUGGUAUUGAUAAUGACACAUUUGAAAGAAAUGCUGAAGGGUUCACUCAUCAUGUACUGUUUGAUCACAACAUGUGGAACUACGUUUAUUUCUACCUUCAUCUCGACUCAAUCCAUAAAAAUGACCACAAUGCAAUUGAGAAGUACAUCAGUGAUAAUAUCGAAGAACAGAAGACCGAGUUUUUUCCACUGCGCAAGGCCAAGGUCUUAGGAGGGAAAGUAAUUGCUACAGCUGCAAUGGAAUCAUAAACAAAAAGUUUACAUUCAGUUUCACUAUAUAAAAUAUCAAACAGCGGAAACAGAAAAUUUAUUUUGAAUUUUUAGCUGAUAAUUUGGCCAAGUAUCUAUAAA